GUUAUCAACGAAAGCACGCGAUAGACACCAAUACACCAAUGCUCCCUGGAGAGCAGCAGCAGCAGCAGCCACCGUCGGCAGCUGGAAGAAGAUUCGUGCUUGCUCCUACCGGAUCAGCAUCACUGGCCGAUAUCUGGCGUGAGGUCCAUCUAUCGGUUCACUCGUUUCUGAAAACGCUGCAUCGCUUCAUCGGAACUCUAGCACUCGCUUCAGGGGUCUUAUGCGCGAACGGGCAGUCAACGAAGUUUCGAAGUAGAAAAGCAUUAGAUAGUAGUAUCGUGUCUCCGUACUGCGGCAAGUAUCUUUCAACAAAUGUUUCGAUGGAGGCUAUGGACGGACGUCCAGUAGGAUAUUCAGGUGACGGCUUGCUGUUGGAAGCCUACAGCACUAUCCAUCAAUCCUUGACGGACUACGGUGCCUCGAUGGCACCACACGAGUACGAGAGCAAGAAAGACUUGGAGCUUCAUGCUCUUCUGUGGUCGCUGUACCGUUCUUUGCGCAGAUGGAUGCGAGCGUGGCAGGUGGUUGGUGUUGCGGCUGUCUCUUCGGAAACAGCAUUAUCGUCAGCGGCGCACUUUGCAAAUGUUCGAGAGAGACUCCAAGAGGCUGAAGCUCUGGCAACAAGCUCAAGCUCUAGUAAUGCAGUUGCUAGGAUCUCGGACUCACCUUCUCCAUACCAAGAAGACCGUGUCCAGAUCGGCGUAUCAAACGCAAAAGCAGCUGCCGAGUUGAGAAGAAAGACUUUGUACGACAAUGCAGUCAAAAUGAUUACUGGCGCAACAUCUAGCUUGCAUAGCCUGCUUGUGGGAGACUUGCAGCGACGACUUGGGCACGAUAAUGGUGAAAGUGCGCAGACCACUGAUGUGAUGAGGAGCUACACUGCAUUCCGUGAAUUGCUAGACGCCGACCAAAUCACCGCCGUUCUGGCAGAUGUAGUGAAUGCACGAAGUACAUUCAAUGACAACGCGGGACUGAGCUUGAUUGGGCUACCUAGGAACCGAUUGGAAAUGCAAUUGUUGGGUCUCGGGGAAAAGUCAAGUACGGCAGAGGGCACGACAGUCGUUAUGAAGAUUUUAAUGUUUUAUUGUUUUCUUGCCAAGAACAACAAGAUACUUAAUUUCGACGUUGAGAAGUUGCAUGAAUAAGAAUAUGAUCAUCACCGCUAUGCUGGUACUUAACAUAUCACACCAAGUUUUUGAAUCGCUCCUCCUCCUACAACUCUCUAAGAAUCCAGCCGCUCGUCUGGAAAGCUGGCAUGAACUCCGGAAAACACGAGGGGAGUUCGCGACUAAGAACCGAGUCCUUGAGAAUGACAUUGCGACGAUGCGGGACGCUCUGCUUACUGCUGAAAGCGAGGUGACGCGACUACAGGAGGAGGUGAGUAUCGCGCAAGAUCAAGCUUCGCGAGUUCACAUCAUUCCGGGAGAUCCAGAGUAUCUGCAAAGUAUGGAAACCACUGACUCUAACACUGCUACUUAUUAUAAUCUAAAUAUAACUUGAAUUUCUCUCUUUAUGAAAAAAGAUCUCAAGCUCAUUCUACAUUCUCCUUAGACGACCUGUGUAAUAACUAAGCUAUUUCAUGAUGAGCGUUUCCUACCUCGAUCAUUGUCGUUGUAGCUGGGUUGUACACCGGCCUCGACAUGUAGUACAACGUUUCUAAGGACAAGCCGUCAGAACGAAAGGACGAUGCCAGCAAGAACAGAGUUCUAGCCGCCGCUCGCUCAAAUAAAGGGACCCAUAAAAGUACAAGCAAAACAUCUGUCGCGGGUGGUUGUAGUACUAAUCUCGAUUCUUCUACCGGCGAUGCCGCAGUUGAGCAACAACUCUCAAAUCGCGAAUUGCUGGUCGAGCAGUUAGAGGGCGCUCUGGAAUGGGCAGAUAAGCAGAAGGGCGACCUUGAAAGGGAAAAGCUCAAGUAUUUGGCGCAGAUCCAAGAUCUGACGGAGGCCAGAGCGACCAUGGCGGAAAUCAUCGAACGGAAAGUAGGGGAAUGCGAGGAGGCGCGCUCCAGAGACAUGGAAUUGAAAAGGAGCUAUGAAGAACAGAUUUCUUUACUAUCAGAGCACACUUGCAAAAUAGAAAUGCGGCUCAAAACGGUGGAGAGAGCGGCGUCAAGGUGUCGCGUGCGAUGCGGAAACUGCGGAUCGUGGGAUAAGCUUCCGCUAUUGUCUAACAUGAACGACGAGCAGCAAGAAGAAAUCCAAAUCUACUGCGCUGUUUGUAGGAGCCUCCUAUUCGUCAUCGCUGCAUGAACGAGACAAUGAAUGUCAAUGAUUUUAUGUUUUUUCGAAGGAACAUAAAAGUUUCGGAGACGAGCUUACAUAUCAGUUUUAUGUUGAAUAUCGAAAUCGAUCGUUUAUUUUUUCCAUCUCUUGAAUAUAUUUUUCUAUUUUGCAAUUUCAUUUGAGACGAUUGCAAUUGCAAUUGGGGAGACUGGGUUUUAUUUAUUCGAAACAAACAAGCGAAGUUUGUUAAUAUAGCAAACAGACUGCAUUGCGAUUGCAGCUACUAUAGGCGUGUGAUCCAAGAUAAAGAUUUUCAUUUCCUGUCACGGACAGCUUUAGAGCAAGAGCAGACCAUUUCUUGCAAUGACCGUCUGUGGCUCUGCAGCUGGGGGCUAAUCAAUAAACGCAAACUCAUG